ACGUGAGCUUCGUUAUUUCAAAAUGGCGGCACUUGGAGACAUCCCACAAGUUGUUAAAGGCGCAGUGGAUAAUGCUUCUGGUAAGUUAAAUGAUAGUAUGGAAGAUUCCUCAUCACAGUUGUCUAGUUUAGAAUCUCAUCUGCAAUCACAGCACUACUCUCGUCAGCACCUUUCAGAAUCUUGCAAUACUUCAAACUAUUCAUCACAAUCUAUGUACAGGCAGCCAUCAGUGAGCACGAACAUAACUACGCAGUCAGACACAGCAUCAUCACAUCAUAACGAACAGGUUACAUCAUCAGAACCAGUAUCUUCCUCUUCAUUUACUAAUACUGUGCCAUCUAACUACUCAAAUACUUCAAAUCCGUCUCCGUCAGUUGAUCAAUUUUAUCGAACAUCGUAUACACCAGAGCAAUCCUCUAAUAAUUCAAAGCUGCCUGUAGCACCAAAAAGACUUCAUAUAAGUAAUAUACCAUUCAAAUACAGAGAAGCCGACUUAAGGCAACUGUUUUCUGGUUAUGGUGAAAUAGUUGAUGUUGAAAUCAUUUUUAAUGAUCGUGGAUCAAAGGGAUUUGGUUUUAUUACUUUAGCUGACAUUGAUGGCGCGAAAAGGGCCAAAGAGGAACUUAAUGGCAAAGUUGUUGAUGGCCGAAAGAUUGAGAUUAAUGAAGCAACCCCACGUACUGGACCACCUAAGAGUAAAAAUGUACGUGGCCCAUGGCCAUCAUCUCAAAACAUUGGUUCACCAUCAUCAUCUUCAUGGUCCAGGAGUGGUGGCCCUUAUGGUGGUAAUUAUCAAUAUGCUUCUUACCAGUAUCAUAAUAGUGGCCGUGGUGGAUACAGGAGUGGUGGUGACUCUCAGUAUCAGGGAGGAUAUGGGUAUCAGCCACAGCAUCAACAGCAAGGUUAUCAAGACUAUACUCAUGGAGGCUAUAACUUUCAAAACUAUGGACCUCCACCUCAACCACACCAUCUCCAAUCACAGUGGUCCCAGUCUAACCAAAGUUACAAUUAUUCUGGAGGAUACAGUGGAGCGACAAAAGCAUCAAGUCAAUCACACGACUAUCGUUAUGCACCUUAUUAAUUUCAGUUAUUAGUAUUAUUAUUAUUAUUAUCAUCAUCAUCAAGAGUGAGUUAUUCACUCUUGUUAUUAUUAAUUAUUAUUAACUUUUAAUUUUAUUGAUGAGAUUUUUGGCAACGUGA